AAUUUUCGUCACAGUCCGGGCACAAACCGUACAAGUUGAAAUGACACGGACUGUCUGUCCAGUCGUGCAAACGCCCCAUGAUCGUUCAUUGGCCAAGAGAAAAGUAGCAGAAGGUCAGGAAGGAGAUAGGAACAAAGGUCCUUUAUAAUCUUCUUUUUGUACACUCUCUGAUCAGACUGAAAACAAACAGCAGAUUUGAAGAAAGGUUGAUGAGGAAGUUACUUUAGUUAACUCUCUGGAGUCGGCUGUCCCACUGGCGGGAUCUGAGAAAUUUUGCUAAACUGUUUAAAUAAGUUUUUGUCAUAUAAACAUUUAAAAAAAACACCCUCAGAAACCUUGCACGGUGUACUUUUAAAAAAAUAAUAAUAAAAAAUCAAAAGAACAACAGUGACUGACUUAAGCGUCUGCGUCUCGAAGCAGCUGUGACCGCCAGCCCACUUGCAAGUCGCACUAUUCGCAUGAUAACGACAUGAUAAUCCGACAGUUAGUAUUGUGUAAAGAAAUGUGUGAACUCUCCCAUUGUGACUCAUAUAAACAAGGGCACAUGUCUGGGUGGUGUUCACACUGAUCGGCUACAACGUGACACAAGCGUACUGCUCUGCUGCUGUAGCUUUGCGCCGGGUUCAGGAAAGCCUUGCACUGGAGAGCGACGAAAAUGACAACUUCUCCUCGGAUGAAAGCAGUGAGGACAGCGAGGAAGAACUUCGCCACUUUGAGCAGCGAAUCGAUACCGUGGAAGACAAUUGUGAUGAAGACACGGAGUACAUUCCGUCUGUAACCAAGAAACCACAGCAUGAACUAGUUCAGACGCUGUCAUGGAAGGGAGAAGGCGAUGGUGACGUGGCUCCAUCGCCGCUGAGGUUCCUUCCUGCGAGGGAGCCGGGCGUGCAGCUAAACAGACGCGACAGUUACACUCCCGCGAGCCUCUUCAAGUUGUUCUUUUCGGAGGAAGCCGUGAAAACCCUCUGCCAGAACACCAACAAACAGGCUGCCAGGAAUCGCGCAAGAGGGGCAAAGUACAAAUGGGUGGAUGUUGGAGUCCAUGAAUUUUACAAAUACAUUGGACUGAUAUUCUACAUGGCCAUGAUGAAGUUGGAUCAUGUAAGAGACUACUGGCGGAGAAACAACAUCUUUUCCGUCAUUUUCCCGGCACAGGUGAUGUCGAGGGACAGGUACCAGACAAUAUCCUGGAAUGUUCACUUGAGCGACCCAGAUGAGGACAGACUGAAUUAUGCCAAGAAGGGGACCUCAGAUCACGACAAACUGUUCCAGAUCAAACCCCUCAUGUACACCAUUCAGAAUGCCUGUAUGGCAUUCUAUCAUCCCCGCAGGAGUCUUUCUGUGGAUGAACGGAUGGUGCCUUGCAAGGGACAUACUAGCAUGACACAGUACAUGAAGAACAAACCAACCAAGUGGGGUUUCAAGUUGUUUGUGCUUGCAGAUUCCAGCAAUGGAUACACUGUGGACUUUGCAGUGUACACUGGAAAGAACAUCUUCCCCACUGGCCAGGGACUCUCUUAUGACUCUGUCAUGUCACUGAUCAAUAAAAGGUUUUUGGGGUCUGGGUACCAUGUAUACAUGGACAACUUCUACACAAGUCCAAAGCUUUUCAAGGACUUGUUUGCGCGCAAGUUUCCUGCUUGUGGAACGUAUAGAGAGAACAGGAAGGACUGUCCACGAAGUGCCGUCAACGCACUGACAAAGGAGUCACCUCGAGGGACGUACCGCUGGAUGAGGGACGGCCCUCUUCUCUUUGUGAAGUGGAAGGACACGAGGGAGGUGUCCAUCUGCUCCACCAUCCAUACUGCCUAUGCUGGGGAUGUAGUACAGAGGAAAGUGAAGUCCAGGGAGGGCGUCUGGACCACCGAGUCCUUUCCGUGCCCCUCACCGGUGAUGGAGUACAACAAGUACAUGGGAGGUGUGGAUUUGUCGGACCAGCUGAUCCAGUACUACACGACACAGCGCAAGAGAAUGAAGUGGUACAUGAAACUCUUUCUUCACUUCUUGGACAUUUCCGCGACCAAUGCCUACAUUCUCCACAAAGAACACAUGCAACAGGACGGCAUGACCCACAAGGCGUUCAUGGAGGAGCUCACCGCACAGCUGUGUGGUGUGACACAGAAUGUCCCCACCAAGAUGACCAGUAGUGUUCAUGUGCCAGUUCCUGGGGCUGAGCUGAGCUCUGACAGCAGGAUGAAGGCUACCUCUGGGCGAAAGACUUGUGUGAAUUGCAGGAUGCAUGGUGGGAACAAAACAAAAACCCCAUGGAAGUGCAAAGCAUGUGAUGUCCACCUUUGCCUUCAACCGAACAGAAACUGUUUCGAGGCUUGGCAUACGGAUCAGGACUAAAAAUUAGUUGUGUUAAUUUAGUUAGUGUUCUGUUGCUUUAUUCGUGCACCCACUUAUUUUGUGAUUUACUUAAUUUACUUAUUUUGUGUUGUCCAUUUAUAUUUUAAAUCCCAUUUAAAAAAGGAUUUUGUUGUUGCUUUUCUUGCAUUUCAAACUUCCUUUCCAAAGUGAUGGGUGUGGGGUGCAGUGACAUUCCAGACUGAUGGGCCAUUGACAGCAUGCAAACUACUACAGGUGUGGGGACACCUAUCUCAUCAAUAUUCAUUGUGUCAGCCACUGACUUUGAAAAUAGUGGCAUGAGUUAUACAUUGGACUGAUAUAUGUGCCACUCCAAAGUAAUUUACUACAAAGUAAAUUUUAGUAAUCGAACCACAUAAACUUUGAGAAUGUCUGUCUCAUUCACCUAUGUUGUAGCCACAUAGAUUUCCAUGCUGGCCAUGCUGGCUGACCUUGCCUGCCCCCUGGGUUUCUUGCUUCACUGCCUCAAGAAGAUCGAGCACCACAGUGCAGUGCAGUAUUUCAGUGUUACAGGUGGCUAACGACUACUGCUACGGCCAGGCCUGCCUUGUGUCCUGCUCGUGCUUGGAGACGAUAUAAUCUCCACCCCACCCAGACACACACAUUUCUUGACUCUGCACAUGCCGCUGACGUGCUAUAACACACACACACACACACACAGACAGACACUCACUGAAAUAGUCUGUGCUGUUUUAUCAAAAUACAGGCUAACUAAAACGGAAACCCCACCACUGAAAUUCAAAAUCCAUUCGUAUGAGAGAGACACUAUCAUUCGCAGCUUUAAUGCUUUGAAGUUAUCUAUUGGAAAAUUUAUGACACAUUCGUUAUUUACACAUACCGGGCCCUUAGACAGCCCAGACACAGGCCUAUACAGAAUUACCACUUACAUUAUACUCUGCUCUGUUCAUUAAUGUUAGUAACCCACCACUGUCUUUUUCACAUCUGUCAUGGGAUUGUUUCCACAAGCAUGUGCAACAUCUCAACAAAUCAUUUUCAUCCAGAUUUGUAUUGACGAUGGAUGGGGGUGUAACCUGGCCAUCCUGUAGUUUCAGGAAGUCAGCUGACUUCACUUUAUUGGUUCAUAAUGUUGCUGAGCUGUAAUAAUGAUCCAAUCACUGGCUUUUAAGUAUUUCCUGAUUUAAAUUCAAACUGUGAUUCAAUUCAUCAUCAUCGAUGUCAUCAUUACAAGGUAAUAAAACCAUUACAUGCAUUUAAAUGCAUGGACA